CAGGUUGCGUAGCAGCAGUGGGCGGGGUAAAGGAUCCUUCUGAGACAGCGACGAGUGGUCGGAACCUUCUUUCCCCUCCUUCUCCUUCCCCUUCCCCUUCCCCUCCCGGGAAAGGCUGGGACCCGGCACCGGGGCUAUCGUGUGGCCGCUGCGGCCUCAACUCCUGGCAGGCCCGGGUACGGAGAGCCCAGACUGCGUCCAGGGUGAGUGCUCCUGAUUGUGACAUCUGAUUGUGACAUUACAUUCAUCCGUUGGUGAUGGAGUUUGUCACUAGGAAGGAAGACUCAAUUGGAGAAUAGCCAACAAGAUGGGUUACUUGGAGCAUCUCCUGAGUGGUACUGAGUGGAGGCAUCAGGGGGUUGGAGCCUUGUGAACAGGGAACCUGCCCCCCAACACUUGAAAGUUCUCGGCGGACACAACAUCUUUGUUGGAUCUGGGUUUCAGUGAUGAGACAUGGGGUAUGAUGUAACCCGUUUCCAGGGGGAUGUUGACGAAGAUCUUAUCUGCCCUAUUUGCAGUGGAGUCUUGGAGGAGCCAGUACAGGCACCUCACUGUGAGCAUGCUUUCUGCAACGCCUGUAUCACCCAGUGGUUCUCUCAGCAGCAGACCUGUCCAGUGGACCGUAGCGUUGUGACAGUUGCCCACCUGCGCCCAGUACCUCGGAUCAUGCGGAACAUGUUGUCAAAGCUGCAGAUUGCCUGUGACAACGCUGUGUUUGGCUGUAGUGCUGUUGUCCGUCUUGACAACCUCAUGUCUCACCUCAGUGACUGUGAGCACAACCCAAAGCGGCCUGUGACCUGUGAACAGGGCUGCGGCCUGGAGAUGCCCAAAGAUGAGCUGCCAAACCACAACUGCAUUAAGCACCUGCGCUCCGUGGUACAGCAGCAGCAGACACGUAUUGCAGAGCUGGAGAAGACGUCAGCUGAACAUAAACACCAGCUGGCGGAACAGAAGCGAGACAUCCAGCUGUUAAAGGCAUACAUGCGUGCAAUCCGCAGUGUCAACCCCAACCUUCAGAACCUGGAGGAGACGAUUGAAUACAACGAGAUCCUAGAGUGGGUGAACUCCCUGCAGCCGGCUAGAGUGACCCGCUGGGGAGGGAUGAUCUCGACCCCAGAUGCUGUGCUCCAGGCUGUAAUCAAGCGCUCCCUGGUGGAGAGUGGCUGCCCUGCCUCUAUUGUCAACGAGCUGAUUGAAAAUGCCCACGAACGCAGCUGGCCCCAGGGUCUGGCCACACUAGAGACAAGACAGAUGAACCGGCGCUACUAUGAGAACUACGUGGCCAAGCGCAUCCCUGGCAAGCAGGCUGUUGUUGUGAUGGCCUGUGAAAAUCAGCAUAUGGGUGAUGACAUGGUGCAGGAGCCAGGGCUUGUCAUGAUAUUUGCUCAUGGCGUGGAGGAGAUAUAGGAGAGUUCGACCAGCUAUGAGGAAGAGAUGGAAAUCGGGAAAACCCCAUCACUCCAGCAGCUGGGCCUUGAGUCGUCCUCCCCACUCUCCUUAAUGCCUCGGCUUACACUUGAGCCACACAUCUCCCUGCUGUUCUGGCACUGAAGGGCCCUGGAGCACUUUGCUCAGCCUUUCAGGGGAGAAACCCAGAUUCCUGCCUUUUGCCAUAUUUCUUCUCCUAAAAUGUCUGUUAAUUCUCAGCAUGGGUGGGAAAGUCCCCACCUAUGUAUUUUCCUGCCUAGGGUCCCUGGUUCCAGGUAUUUUCAGAAAGCACAAAGAGAUUUAUUUUCCCUAGAGGAUCAGGCUGGAAUGAGGAAUUGCUAAUCAUCCCUGUACUCUAAAACCAGGGAAUCAGAGCAGGCUGGCCUGUUGAUUCUAAGCAGCAUUUAUAGGGCAGCUCUGAGGAACAGACAUCUAGAAGAAAAGGUAAGGGUGGAUCCAAAACCCUAGAAGUAAAUAAGCCAGUAAUUGGCCGUCACUGAUAGCCCUUAGGGGAAGACUGGACCUCUGUGCCAAGCACAUCCCUGUUCAGCCCACCUUAAAGGUGCAGGCUCCUGCUGGGUCUGCAGGUGCACAGGUUGGAGUGCUGGAAAUUUCCAGAUGAGCUCUGUUUUCCACUUUUUCAUAAUUAGGGAAUGACAGGGUUUGGGGUAGGGGUUUGACUGUUGAGGUUCAUAUGCUCAGCAAGAAGCUGCUCUCUGGCUUUUGCUGAAGUCAGGUAGAUACUGCCUCUUGUGUCAUGCCCAUAAUAGUUCCAUACACCCCUCUCUAGACCUGUGAUUGUAGUUAGUUAUUUUGAUAAAUUUCCUUUGGCUGUUGUUUGUUUAUAUUUCACAAAUCACAUCUGUCCCCCUCCCCCCCUUUUUUUAAAAAAGAAUGGCCUGGUUAUGACUAUCCCACUUGCUAGUCCAGCCACAUUGUUGGCAAUUUAAUUUAUUUACUUUUUUUUUUUUUAAGAAAGGAAAAAAGAAAAAAUAUCAACAAAACUUAAAAACUUUUCUUUUGUUGUUCGUAUUGUGGGGGUUCUGGAUAGGGUGGGACAGGGAGGAGUCUGUUUUAUAUUUUUCCUUUUCAGCACAACCUUUGGCUUUAACAUAGGAAGAGCCAAGGGAGUCCUUGACUGAAUUUAUACCUGCUCUGACACUUCAUAACCUAUCUGAGAUGAGGAGUUAUUCCUCUACUCCCAUGAUGGAUGUGACACACAACAUCAAUGCCUGUGCCCCUGAAGAAAUUUGCUUCCAGCCCUUUAGGGUCUUAUUGUAAAACCCUGGAUUUAGAAUAUUAAUUUUGAAGGCAUCCAUCUGCUGGGUGCAAUGAAACACAUCUAUAGUCUUAGCUACUUAAAAAACUAAGGAAAGAGGAUGUCAAGUUCAUGGCCAGCCUCUGCAACUUAGCAAGACCCUGUCUCAAAAUUAAAAAAAAAAAAAAAAAAAAAAAAAAAAUAUAUAUAUAUAUAUAUAUAUAAAAGGGUUGGAGAUUUGGCUCAGUGGUAGAAUACCCUGGGUUCAGUCUCUAGUACCAAGAAAAAAAUGGGGGGGGGUGGCGGUGUGCAUCUCCUUCUCAAGUUUCCCUGGAACUGUAUAGCUGGGUUCUAAGCCUCACCAGGCAAGGGGUAAGAAUUAUCUUGUGUCUCCAAGAACAGGCUGUGCUUUGCCUCACCCUUGUCCACUUAAGGAUUUCAACUUCAUUUUAUGCUACCUGAGGCAUUCCUUGAUCCCUCUGAUUAGUGACUGACAGAAUAAGUGAAGGGGAAGGUAGUAGGUGUGAUUAUUUUAAUAUGAAAUAUGUGGGAGUGGGGUUUGAGAAAAAUCAAAGGGCUUCUCUCCACCAUAUAACAGCUUCUCUUUUUGGAAUUUUAUUCCAGGCCAACUUGCUAUUGGUCUGGAUAGUCAAGUCAUGGCAUCACUUCAGUUGGGGAGGAGGGAUACAGCUUGAGGGGAGUAGGGAACCAGCCAUAUUCUAGCUUUAGGACAUGGUGCUCAGGAAUUUGCAGACACUGCUAUAAUUAUUAGUCUGGUUACAUUUCCUUUUGCCCCUUCCUUCCUUACCAAGGUUCACAGUCUCCUGUCCUUAACCCUCAGGUGGAGCUGGAAAGCUCAGUUGAGGCUUCCCUACCUACCCUUUGCACUAGUGUCUCUGCAGGUUGCUGGUUGUGUUGUACAUGCUCUUCCAUUGUGUUGACUGCACUAAUAAUAAACCUUUCACUCAAUCCUCUAAAUUCUUAAUUCACCAUUACUUGGUAAAGUUUCUCAUCUGUUUGACUUUUUUUCCACUCUUAAUUACCCUUCUCCUUGCUUUGUAAACCUUACCUUUACCUUAGGUCUGACCUUUGUUUUGGAAGCUAUCUAUCUAGGAAUAGUGCGUACUUUACAUCUGCUUCGCUCUGUGUGCUCUCCUGCAUCCUCCCCCUCCUCUUAUUCUGUAUCAGCCAAAGUUCUCUCCAGUGAUCUGAACUGUGUUCUUUCUAAGGUGUGCCUUUACCCUAAAUUCCAUGUCUUCUCUGUGUUGCUAGGCUUGGGGUUACUUUUUGUAGAAGGUGCACACCUUUUCCCCCUAUCCCACAAGCACCUUUGCUUUGAAAUCUGGAAUUUCAUUGCAGGCAGAGAGGCCUCCACUCCCUGAUACCUCCUAACCAAGAAAAUAAAUGUGAGGAAGGGAACCUGAA